AUUUAUCGGAUAGAAGCGUUCGAUUUAUCGAUUCCCGAAGAGGCCGUUGGCAAUCCAUACAGCCACCAUGUUCGCCUGGAGAACGUUGACGAUGCAACAAGAAAUCUCUGUUUCUGCAAUUAUGGUGGAGACGUAUGCGAUUCAAACAACACCUGCAUAAAGCACACCCAUGCGGCAUGCUUCCAUUUCAUGAAGGAGGUGUUCAAUGCCGAGUUGAGGCGCAUGGAGACGUGUAACUCAUUUCGUUCCCCUCAUCGAACACCAAGAGCAUCGCGUGCUGUUACGAGGGUAAUUACUGUAACCUGCGAAUCGAACCUCCACCAGUUCUACGACGACGAGUGGCUUCAGCACAAAUCUCAUCCAGCACUUUACGUGAUCGUCCCGCUAGUCAUUGCGCUGUGCAUUAUCGCUGGAGUUUGUCUCCUUCAAUAUUUCCAGAAACGCCAUGCGGAGUUCAGGAAAUGGCUUCCGCUAGUGAACAAACAGAAGAAUGAGAAGGAAUCACCAUCGACGCCCGAACUCGAGCCGAUGGUUCACGACGAUUCAGGAAGUGGUUCGGGCUCUGGAAAUGCGGCUAUGGUGCAACGGACAGUUGCCAAUGAUCUCAUCAUCGAAAAAAUCAUCGGAAAGGGCAGAUAUGGAGAAGUCCGUCUGGCAAGGUUCCGAGGGAGUCUUGUGGCCGUCAAGACUUUCUAUACAACGGAGGAAGACUCAUGGAACAAUGAGCGGGAGAUCUACGAGACGCAAAUGCUCAAUCAUGAGAACAUACUGCAGUAUGUCGCUGCCGAUAUCUUCAGUAUGGACUCAUUUACUCAAAUGAUACUGCAUCUCCACGCUUCCGUGAUCGGAACAGGAAGCCGACGAAAGCCACAAAUCGCUCACCGAGACAUCAAAUCAAAGAAUAUCAUAGUCAAGCGUCCCGGAAUGUGCUGCAUGGCCGAUUUUGGUCUGGCCGUUAGAUUCGAGGACCGCUUGAUCCCGGAGAAGGUGAACGUUCAGGUGGGCACGAAGAGGUACAUGGCUCCGGAAGUGAUCAGGAAAACGCUUGAUCCGAACUUUUUCGCUCAAUUCAAAAUGGCUGACAUGUACUCCUAUGCACUAGUGUUGUGGGAAAUCGCCAGAAAAGUUGAGGUGAGUCCUAAUGAUCAAUCGGUUGUUGGUAUUCGAAAUAGCAAGACGCACGGCGCCUCCUCUAGCCAAGGAGCAUAUUGGUAUGAAAACUAUUCAUGUUCACUACUGUCAUUAACCUUAGUAACACAUAGAGGUCGUUUGGAUCUUUUAGUGUUCAAUGCCGAGUUGAGGCGCAUGGAGACGGUACAUCAGUACGGCUGCGCUCUGGAAAAAGGCAGCUCGGCGUCACAUCUCACAUGUAACUCAUUUCGUUCCCCUCAUCGAACACCAAAGAGCAUCGCGUGCUGUUACGAGGGUAAUUACUGUAACCUGCGAAUCGAACCUCCACCGUACCAUCAGCUGCCUAAGGAAAUCGAGUUCUACGACGACGAAUGGCUUCAGCACAAAUCUCAUCCAGCACUUUACGUGAUCGUCCCGCUAUUUGUCUCCUUCAAUAUUUCCAGAAACGCCAUGCGGAGUUCAGGAAAAUGGCUUCCGCUAGUGAACAAACAGAAGAAUGAGAAGGAAUCACCAUCGACGCCCGAACUCGAGCCGAUGGUUCACGACGAUUCAGGAAGUGGUUCGGGUUCUGGAAAUGCGGCUAUGGUGCAACGGACAGUUGCCAAUGAUCUCAUCAUCGAAAAAAUCAUCGGAAAGGGCAGGUUCGAUUUCAUCACUGGUUGCGGUGGUUUUUUAUGCGAUUUGAUUUACUGUCAAGUCAUCAUUCAAGAUAUGGAGAAGUCCGCCUGGCGAGGUUCCGAGGGAGUCUUGUUGCCGUCAAGACUUUCUAUACAACUGAGGAAGAUUCAUGGAACAACGAGCGGGAGAUCUACGAGACGCCAACUGGCCUUAAAUCAUGAGAACAUACUGCAGUAUGUCGCUGCCGAUAUCUUCAGUAUGGACUCAUUUACUCAAAUGAUACUGGUUACUGAUUAUCAUCCACUUGGAUCUUUAUACGAUUACCUUCAACAGGAGCAAAGCACUCGAUCCGCAAUCAAGAAAGCACUACAACUCAGGCUUACUAGAAUAAUCUUUUUUCAGGCUCAUAUUUUGCGUGUGUAUCCGACUCCUCACACGCUUCCGCGUGAUGUCGGAACAGGAAGCCGACGAAAGCCACAAAUCGCUCACCGAGACAUCAAAUCAAAGAAUAUCAUAGUCAAGCGUCCCGGAAUGUGCUGCAUGGCCGAUUUUGGUCUGGCCGUUAGA